CCUUGUGAAGCUAAUGUUUCUGGUGCUUCAACAGCGAUGUUGGUGUUCCGUUUGUCAGUGAUGAUCAAGCUUUUCUUCCAAUUGGAUGCAUCUAUUUGUCCUGAGAAGUGCGACUGUUCUUCAAAAAAUGCAAUUUAUUGCUCUGGUCCUCACAUAAAAGACCUGGAAUCGUUAAAUCUGCCUUGCAACAUGACAGCAAUUCACAUAACUGACACUAAUGUAACAUACUUGCAGGAUGUUUUUUCUAGGAUGGUGGAACUGCAGCAUCUCAUCUUGUCUUCAAACAACAUCUCUCUGAUUUCACCAAUGGCUUUUAAAGGCUUGAGAAGGCUAAAAGCCCUCAAACUGCUAGAUAAUAAGCUGGUCGAGCUUCCCCUGGAAGUGUUUGAUGACAUGGUACAGCUUCAGCAAUUGAUCCUUGAAAAUAACAGGUUGAAGUCCAUUGAAGAAAAUCAGUUUGACAAACUAGCUAGUUUGGAGGAACUUUUCUUGAACAAAAACCGACUGACAGCACUUCCUAGUGGCGUGCUGAAGAAACUUGCCAAACUCAAAGUACUGAACUUGUCGAGAAAUUAUUUGGCAGCACUGCCUAGAAAUAUAUUUAAUGCAUUAACCAGGCUUGAGAAGCUGAUGCUGUAUUUUAACAGACUGUCUUCAAUAGAGUCUGGUAUGUUUGACAGCCUGAAGGAGCUGCUGGAACUCUUCCUGCAUUCCAAUAACAUCCAGUCCAUCGCUCCUGAUGCAUUUCAUUAUCUUCAUAAACUGAGAACCCUAACGCUGUCCAGAAACAAGCUUGAGGUUUUGCCUCCUGGCCUCUUUCUGCACUUGCAUGACCUGUCUAAAUUGACCUUAUACAGGAACCCACUGAAGUCUCUUCCAGGAGUAUUGUUUGGAGAAAUGAGGCAUCUUGGUAGCCUAUGGCUGUAUCACACGAAGCUCUCAACAAUACCAGAUUUUGUGUUCAGCAACUUGACAAAUUUAGAGCUUCUUGUGCUGAGUUUUAAUCCAGAGCUUAGUGUUCUUCCUAAGAAUGUGUUCAGUGGUCUGAAUGAACUGCGGGGCCUUUCUCUGCAUACAAAUAAUAUAUCUAGUUUGCCAGAGGGCAUCUUCCUGAGCCUUCAGAAACUGCAGAACAUUUCCCUUUUUGAUAAGAGGCUCGAGGUUCUUCCUAGAAACCUCUUUCAUAAUCUCAAGCACCUUCAGAAAGUUUACCUGAAUAGUACUAAGCUGCAGUCUCUUCCUGGAGACUUCUUUACCACUUUACCUGAGCUGCAGGAAGUCUUCCUUGACAACAACCCUUGGAAAUGUGAUUGCCAAAUUCUUGGCUUCCGAGAGUGGCUCCAAAAGAGCAUGGAGAUAGUUAAAAAUGUGCCAUCUCUGAUAUGUCACAGCCCAUUGGCCCUACAGAACAUUUCUCUUGUGGCUCUACCUGUUGAUCACCUGAAGUGCCUGUCAACCACAGCCCUUGCAUACCAGAUGUUCAGCUCAACUUAUUCCCAGACUUUGACUUCUCUUGCGAUGGAGCACUUAACAUCAUCUUGGGAGCCUACUGUAACAGCAGGGUCCGACAUGGAUACCAGCACACCCACAUCAAUUCCUCUUACAACUCUAGGUUUUACCUACUCACAUGUUGAAGAUGUUGGACAGCCUAGGUUUCAUUUCUCAGAUGUUCACACCCAGACUUCUCCCAGUGUCGUAGUACAAACCAACAGUGUCAGAGGAAUAGAUUUAACUACUCUUGCCUGGUGGGAUGAGUUGCCAGCUCCCAGAAGUGCUAAAUCCCAUUUUAAUACCAGAGUUGCUUAUUGUCAGCUCUUCUUGUGUCUUCACAGUUUGAUUUUAGCACUCCAGGCUGUAACCAUUGUGCUCACUCUGUAUGUGAUGGGUAAAACCAGGCAACUCUUGCACUCCAGAAACACUCCUACUCAUGCUGUAGUUCUGAUAAAAUUUUUAAGAAGAUAG